UAAAAAAAUCUCAGUUUUUAUAGUACAAAUGGCUAAGUCGGGAUCAAACCGCCCGCCUACAAUGCCCAUCCAGCCAAUCGCGAUGGCGCUAGGGCGGAGCAAUUGCUUACACAGAAUGUUUUAAACUUGAGACCCACUUCAGAGCCGUCAAUCUCUGAAAAGAUGUUUCAGUUGGGACAUGAUUCGGAUUAUUAAUACUUUAUCAUUCGAAAAUUGUUAGACUGUAUUGCGAUUUGUGAAGAAAUAAGAAGCUAGUUAAACAAUUCAUAUUGGAAUACGAAAAAAGUCGUUAUGCAAAGUGAGAGUGCAGGAAACGGGGGUCGGAAAGCGCUUAGAACUCCAAAGUGCGCUCGCUGCAGGAACCAUGGUGUGAUCUCCUGUUUGAAAGGUCACAAGCGUUUAUGUCGAUGGCGCGACUGCAGAUGUCCUGGAUGCUUGUUGGUGCUUGAGAGGCAGCGUGUUAUGGCUGCUCAGGUUGCAUUGAGGAGACAACAAGGUUCAAGUGGUUCUGAUAUUCGGGAUGGCGGAGAGAUGGCUGCAUUGGCGGCACGCAAACGUGCUUACCGCGCUCGUUUACGUUGUAUGCAGAUGGCCAGAACAUACCAGGCUCAACCACCAACCUACGGGAGCAUCAGACUGCUGAACAGCGAGUCGGCAUGGAGUGAGCGCGUGAGGCGUCGAAAGGCAUUUGCCGACGCCGAACUGGAGCGCGGAGCUGCGCCGACGGCCGUGUUAGCGGUGCCGGCCGCCCCAGUGGCACCCACUGCUGCUUUCUGUAGACACCUGCUCGCUGCACUUCUCACCAACUAUGCACCGAUACCACCACCACCGCAACGGCAGAAAAUCUCUUUUUCUAUUGAUUCUAUUAUAGGCGUACAGUAGUAGGUAUAUACAGGUGUGUGUGCUGUUAAGACCAGCAGCAAAUGUACAAUGCAUUUUGUCUAUUGAAACAGAGAAUUGCAUACGAGUUAUACUAUUGAAAUUUUUUUCAACACACUUUCUCGUGAAGUUAGUCUAAUUUCACCGGUUUUCAAUAUAUAAAGGAGCUCAUAAAACACGCGUGCGUUAUAACGCAAAUAGUGAAGUUAUAUUCCAUAACCGCACUAUUUGUUUUUUUGAUUUCCGCGCGGCGCCAGCCAGUAGAGCGCGCUGAUUUAAAAGUAAAAAGACGGGAAAGUCAUUGUACUACUUUGCACCUUCCUAUGAGUUAUUUUUUAUUUGUAAGAAAGUAAUUAUAUAUACAACUGUAAUGUUACGAUAUAUAAUAUAGAUUUGUAGAACAUUUUAGUUUUUAUGGAUAAGGUGAAUUAUAUUCAAACAUUCUAGCAUUUAAAUGUAGGUAAUGUAAUUUUCCCUUACCUUCCGAACGCUCGAAAUGUAAAACAAACAAAUAUUUUUUCCCUUCGAAGUUCCUCAACAGAAUGAUUUUUGGUAUGAGUUUUCCCAGAAUAGACAACAUAGCUAUUAAGUCAUGGGUUUAAACAAAGAAGUUUUUUGUUCUGUGGGCAAAGAUAGGCAAACAAGCAGCGAGGCAGCAUACAAUGUUAAACAUGAAAUUUCAUAUUUAACUGUAUAGAGUGCAAUUUGGGAAACUGGAAUAUAAAGCGUAUACCCCUCAUCUAAGCUAAUUUUAUUUUUCUUUUUAAUCCAAUUAAAAAUGUAAUAAUAAUAGUAAGUUCCCAGUGAGUGAAUAUAAAGAAAACAAAUAGUUGAACAAUGAGUGCUUUUAUUAACGAAAUGUACGGUAAAAGAAUGUCUAUUGUAAAAUGUUUGUAUUACAAUCAGGUAUUAUAUGUAUUGCAAGAUAAUAGUGUUAACACUUGCAAUGUACUUUUAAUAAUUACAAGUUUCGGGAAGUGAGUACACAUAACACAUGAAAUACUAAAAUUUUAAUACUUUUACAAUUAAACAGAUAUUAAUUAGUUACAUAGACACUUUAUUUUAACAAACCAAUGCUUAUAUUGAGGCCAAAAGACGCAGCUCCUGUUACAUAAUAUAAUAAUGUAAGUACUCACUUCUAAGAUAAAAAUGCAAGUAUACAAAUUAAGUCACAAAUAUCUUAUUUUUGUUAUAAAUAGACAUAACAAUUUCACACUGUUUUCUGAACAGUUUCUUCGAAAUAUUAAAACUUUACGCGAUUACAAAGUUUUAUAAUAGGUAUAUAAUGAAUAAUCGAAUCGAAAGAUUCAUAAAGAGAAAUGGAAUAAUGUAAAUUAAUUAUAAUGACUCAAUAUUUUUAUGAAUAAACAUUAUAUAGAUAAAUCACAUAUUAUAUAUGUAAAAUUAAUAUAAAUAAAAUAUACUUGUUAAUACAAAAUAAAUUGUCGAGUAGUGUCAUUUCGAAGAGGUGGGUAUACCUAUUUAAUAAUAUAAAUAUUUAUGCAAGACGAAUACUCAUUUGCACAUUACAAAAUCCAUUUAUUUGGGUAUAAUGUUUUAAUAAAAGUAGUUUUGUUAAGAAGGAAAUCGUUCCUUAAACGACUUAAAUUUUGUUUUGAUAUAAAAUGUUACUAUCAUGUAGAAUAAUUCAUUGAAUCUUUUCCUCAGCGCUAUUGUCAUCUGAAUCUAAUCGUUAUAUAAAUGAUUUAUAACUAAAGACAAUCCAAUUUAUACAAGGUUGAUAGCUGUUAUUUUAGAUUUAAUUAAAGAUAUUGCACAAAAAUAUAAGAGGGAAUGUAACAAUGGAUCAAGGGGUUGAUUAUGUAACGCAGUUAUUAAACACUUUUGUUUGAAAGAGGUUACAAAUUGACAGGGUUGGUAUUAUGGAUAUACUAUUUGACAGUGUCAAUCGUCGUAUUCAUAUAUUACCUGCAACUGUAAUUAUAACUAUAGAAAUAUUCAUACAUAUCACAAAAAUGCAAAUUUAAUUACGAUUCGAAUUAGAAUUGGUAGCAACUAUGUUACAUAAUCAAGCCACCGAGCUUAUGACAUUGAAAUUGUUAUUAACUAAAUACCUAUAAUAUAAUUUGAUGACUGGGUUUUUAAUAAAUAAAUAAACAUAUAUAUCAUUGAGUUUACAAUGUGAUUUGCGAUAUUAUAUUAAUGAAAAUUUAACACAAAAUAAUCACAUAAAUAUAUAUCUAUGUUUCGCAUAUACCCUACAAUACAUCGACUACGCUCGUCUGCACGAUACAAAUAUAUCUCGUAAUAUGACUACGCCACAAGGAUGGGAGUGCCUCACGAAUGCCGCCUCAUUCACCCACACAGCAUGCGCACACUUAAUCUAUUAUCACGGUUUCAUUUUUUUAGGAAAAAUAAAUCACUACAAUAAAAUGAUGACAAUAAAGUCUACUAACCUUAAAAAUAAAUUACGUUGCCACCCGUAAUAUUUAUAAAAAGAUUCUACUUAAAAAUAAAUACAGUUUUUCAAAUUUAAAUCGGGAGGCAGCACUGCAUUUAGCUAUACAAUAAUUUUUAAUACGUCCUAUUAGUACCGGGUAUAUGUUGGUACCGUUUAUUUGUUUUAUUAAAUAAUGCAAACCUCAGUCUGUCAAGUUGAAUUAACACACAAUUCUAGGGCGUGUAACUUGAAGAUACAAGGACAAGCAUUCAUUCAAGCAUGUGAUGGGCUUCGUUGGCACAUGACAAGGAAUGGGACUAGAUAGGACUUGGGAUAGGAACUGACUCAAGGGAGGUCGAGGACCGAUCGAGGACCUACGAGAACUGAAACCUGAAAUUUAGUCAAAUGCAAUACUAGAGGGGCCAUCCAUACAUUUCCUUACACGGUAGGAUUAUGUCAAAUAAAAUUCAUGUAAAUAAUGUAAAAUCUAGGUCCAAUUUCACUCCAGGUCUUAUAUUACCAAAUUUAGCAACAAUACCGCGAAAUUUUACUAUCAAAAUGUGACAAAAAGAUGGGAAACCGUCCCCGAUUAAAAUUGCUGCAAUUGGUGUCAAAUAAUAUAUGGAUAGCCUCGUUAUCAGAUUGAAAUUAAAAUAUAUACAUAUAACAAUAAUGUGACAAAUCCCACAAUUGAUUUUUAUUCCAAAGGAAUGUUGUACAUUUAAUGUAUACAUUAGUCGAAACGAAUGUAUCCAGUAAAAUAUACUGCGUAUGAUUGUACUAAACAUUUCAGAUCCCCGUUAUCCGAAAAAACAAAAGGAUAUACAACAAAUGUUUAAAGUCAGACUUUUAGCUUUUAUAAAACAAAAUAUAACAAUUUUACUUGCAUACAAUAAUUAUAAUAAUAUACACCGCAAUAUGUAUUUACAUAUACAUAAUAUUACUUUAAAUUAAUAUACACGUAAAUAGUACUUUAUAUCAAUCAUAUAAGUUUCUCAAAGUAAGCCCACACUGGAGAUAUUUAUAUAAAAUCGCAAAUAGCAUAAAGUGCAUAAGUCGAACCAGCUUAGAAUUCUGAACAUAUAGAUGUAUAAACUGUAUUAUAUGUUAGAAUCUACGUCGUUCCUCUACCACCAGUGUCGAUCAGAAUGAGAAACACAAACAUACAAAUCCAUCAAAACAAUAUACAACGUAAAAAUACUAUUUGGUAUAUUAUAUAGCAGAAGUCUAGCCGUCAUAAAAACUAUCAAAGCAGUAUAUUAUAUCUACACUGACACAGACAUAUAAUCAUACACAUAUAUUAGUCAAAAUAAACCAGUCACAAAUCACAGUUUACAUAAAUUCUCAAUUUCACUAAGUCUUGUAAUUUACAUAAAAUAAUAGUUAACACAUCAAUUUAAAAAUACUAAGGUGUAUAUUUUAGAAAAGCUCUAGUGGAGUCAUAAAUGCUUUUGUAAUAAGUUCCAAAUAUAUCUGUUACGAUAGAAAUCACAUUGAAGUCACUCACAAUUCACUUAUUGUUAAAUCCAAAGUACAAUUAGUGUUAGUCGACGAAUAACUAGAAAUAAAAACAUGUGAUCAAUUGGUUGAGCAGUAAAUGGCAUCAGUUACUCUAAAUACUAAACAACCGCACCUCCGUGUGGACUCAUAGCCCAACAAGUGAAUGCACGUUGAAAAUGUACUAUAAACGAGAAGUCUUUUUAAUCACAUCAAAUCAAAACCAGCUCAUUGUCCGGACUGACGAUAAAUUAUUCGAUAUUCAUAAUAAACUUAAAUUAUAAUAAAAUCUGUGUUAUGUCGCAGACCUAAUCCCGUAAUGAUUCGAUGUACAAUUGAAAUAAAUUUAACAUUCCAAAACUACUGUCACAGUAGUGUUUCACUGCAUAAUCUUUUCAACGAAACUCAGUAAUUUUACUUUCAUACAAAUAAACAAAACGGAUCAUGUUACUACUAUAAUCUAUCACUAACGUUCAUGCAAUUAUUGUUAUACAUAUACCGACCACAUGCCACAUUGUUAAAAACAAUUUGGUGAUUAGAACUACGACUACAGGCCAGUGAGUUAACACUCGUUCUGUUAACGAAAAUACAACGGCACGUAAGCAUGCAACGUGCGACAUUUAAUAUACGAGUACAGUAAGCCUAGCACCCCAUAGCAGCUCGCCCCACCGUGCGGAGCCGACGCUGUCGCCCAUCAUUAUCAUAUUUAUAACACCCAUUGUCAGUGCUAAUGUUAAGGGGUAGUCACUGCUAUCAAGAAUAAUUUCCACUAUGAACAAUUUCAGGUACGACGAAUGAUCGGAACCUAAGUGUAAUGGUUUACAGCCUAGAUAACAUUCCUGAUAGGUACAUGCAGUAAUGAAAAUCAGAAAAUAUGGUCGCUAAUGUAUUGAGGUCAAUGUGUUGGCACAAUAAGUGGCGUCCAUAGCAGCGAUUGGCGGCUGCGCUUCGCACCCGCAAUGUCUUCCCGACCCAUGUUGACAUUGAUUCCCC